GCAAAGUUCAUGAUUCAACAUUAAACUGGUGAUAAUAUUGUUUACUGUAUUAUCAUUUAUUCUGAUUUUGAACAACAUAUGGCGAAAGCCAUUAACACUCAUUUCAGUUUGUUUAGAAACAAAACAAAGCUUUAGUCAGUGGGUUUACUCGUAUUUGACGUUCUUCGAUCAUAUUCUGCUAUUAAUUGGUUGGUCGCUUGGCAUUUUUUUUUCUCUUCAAAAUGGAAUCAAAAACAGUAUUAUUAAAUGUGGUGUUCCUAAUUUCCAUUUUAAGUGUAUCGCAGUGUUUAGUGAAUAAUUUAAAGGCUAGCGAUUGUGGAUCUGAGGAUGGAAGUAUCAUUAACAUUGACGUAUCUGGGUGUGAGGGAAAGGACAUAUGUCCCUUACAAUUAGGCACAAACGUCACGAUGGUGGCAACGUUUACAUCAGACGUAACGUCAAAAUCUUUAACAGUUUUUGCUUACGGUAAAAUUGGUAUAUUUAGAAAAAAAUUUAAACUGCCAAACUCAAAUGCUUGUGAUAAUGAUGUGUCUUGUCCUACAAGUCCUAAUCAAACCUAUAACUAUACUCUCACGAUUUUCAUUGAGAAAAACUAUCCAAAGAUUCCAGUAGAUGUCGAAUUACAUCUGAAAGAUGACAGCAAUAAAGAUGUUUUCUGCGCUCUAAUACCAUGCCAUAUCGUUGAAGCUCUACCCGUUGUUGUACAAAUUAUUUAGAUUCUAAGAAAGAGAGAUAUUUUGGAAACAAUCUUGUAAUAUAUUCGACUAUGUUUUUAUGUAUGCGUUUUAUGAUAACACAGAUUGUGUGUUUUUAAUUUAUAAUUUAGGAAUUUAUUAUAAAAAAUAAUUUCAAAAGUC